AUGUCAGAACCACAAGCAUCUCCAAAAUCACCAUACCCAAGUAACUUUGCCCCCGCAUACCGUUAUAAAUCAAAUCCACCACAACAACCAAAACCAGCACCAAUACUACAACCAAUUCCAAUUUCACCAACAAUACCAAACUCACCAUACCCAUACACUUUUGUUCCAUCAUACAGAUAUCAAAAAGUUUCAACAUCUACACCAUUAUCAACAACAACCCAAUCAGAAACCAGUUCAUCUUCAAGUUUUAACUUAUCUGGUAAUCCAACAGAUAAAAAAGAAUCAACAACAAAUAUCUUUGGCGGAAAAACCUCACCUUGUUUGGAAACAACCCUAUUAACAACCACUAAACCAUCACCAUUUGGGGCACCAUCAACCACAACUACAUCAGAACCAGGACCAAAAUCAUCACCAGAACCAGAUCCAUUUGGCGCACCAAAAGCCACUACACCAGGACCAGAACCAUCACCAUUUGGCGCACCAUCUGUAAAUUUAGUUGGUAAUUCAACAAGCACCAGUUUUUCAACAAUCUCAUCCUCAAAUUUAUUUUCUAAUCCUUUUAAAGCACCACUCCCGGGAACAUUCACAGCAUUUUCAUCACCAUUUGGUGAUCCAACAACAACCUCGAUUGCCUCAUCAUUCAAUAUCCCAACAAAUUCCUCAAGUUUGGCAACAUCCCCAUCAACAACUGCUUCAAUUGAUAAUGAUCACCUUAUUAACCAAAUUAAUAAAUUAAAUGAGCAAAAUAAAGAAUUAAUGAAUCAGUUAGAAAUAUUAAAAGAACAUAAUCAACAACAAUUGUCUCAAUCAAAUAACGAAGAUCAAAUUAAUCAGCUAAGUCAUGAAAACAAACAAUUAAAAGAUCAAUUAGAAUCAUUAAAACAACAAUAUAGAGAUAAAGAAGAGUUAUUAAAUCAAAUUGAAAAAAUAUUAAAUCAAGAUAAUAAAGAAAUAUUAGAUCAAAUGGACUCUCUUUAUAAUAAUAAUCAAAAUCAACAACACGACAAUGCUGAAUAUGAAAAUCAAGUUAACCAAUUAAAAGAAGAAUUAGAAUCACUAAAAGACAAAAAAACUGAAGAUAUUAUCCAAUUAAAAGAAGAAAAUAAUCAAUUAAAACAUCAAUUAGAAGCAUUAAAACAAAAAGAUAGAGAUAAAGAGGAAUUAUUAAAUCAAAUUGAAAAAAUAUUAUAUCAAGAUAAAUCUCCAUUUGGCGCACCAUCAACUUCAGCUAGAGCUACACGAUAUCCAUUUGACGUACCAUCAACUUCAACUACACCAUCACCAUUUGGCACACCAUCAACCACAACUACACCAGAACCAGGACCAGGACCAGAAUCACCAUCAACUUCAACUACACCAUAUCCAUUUGGCGCACCAUCAAUUACAAAUCCAACUCCAACUCCAACUCCAACUCCGAUUCCUACCCCACAACCAACAUAA